UUAGACUUCAGUAUCGCGCCGGACGUUGGUCAGGUGCAAUCGUAUUUUUAUUUUUUCAUCUGGAUAAACAAACAAUCGUCGCGAUAAAUGAAUAAAGAUAUUCAGGAUUGAUCGACCGAAAAACGUGCAAUUGUUCCUCAUUGUUUUCGGGAUUGAAAAAAAAUUUUUUUUUUAGGGCUCACUACUCGGUUUUGUUGACGUGCACUUGGAACUCAGGAAUUCACCUGAACAGGUUAAGAGGUGAACAGGUAGCGGGACACGCGUCGUCAUGGGUUACGAGUGUUGUGCAAGUGUAGUGGAAUUUUUUUGAAUAUCCUAUUUUUGAGUUCUUCGCGCCCAGAGUCUCAUGGAUACUAGAUUAUGAAUUGGAAGCUGCUCACGGGGAUCAGCUCGUGAUUUUACGAGGCGAUCCUAUAGGACUCGGAGAUGACGUCGAGAUCAGCAACUUGUGGCUCACGAUGUACAGGAAUGAUUCUCCUGCUCAUCAGUGGCUCCCUGGUAGAAUCCCAGCAGUUGUCCUUGGAGUCCCCAGGGCUCACGGUAUCAGGAAACAGCUCAGUCUUACAUAAACCCCAUCAAGAAGGCAACACGCCUUCAUCAGCCUUGAACGAUGGUGAACGUAAACUGCCUUUCCAAUCUUCACCAACUCCCGCGAGCGAAUGGAUAACCAAUUCACCAACGCCGAGGAUCAACAAAGAGCAACAUUUGCCGAGUAAUCAAGACCUAGGAGAUACCUCCCCGAUCUCCUACCCCAAACCCCUCCCAGAUAUUGAUCCCGAGAGGCCUCUAAAGCCAACUGAGGCCCCCAAGAAGCACUUGAUCGAAAAGCUAAUUGCCAGUUCCAAUACGCAGAUUGGAGACAAAUCCCACAUCACCCCAGAGCUAUUAAAACCAGAUCCACUUCCGGAAUUCAAUGAGAAGGACGAAUACUCAGACAUCGAUGACGACAGAUUCGAGGACAAAGAGCCCACGACCCCGAAACCAAAUAAGGCUCAAGAGGAAACCAUAUCUCUAAUAAACGACACAAACGUCAACUACAAAGGCCUCAAGAAAGAGCACGUGGACGACGUAAUAACGAAAAAUCUGAAGGUAACACAAGAGAAUGCGACGAACGUCAUCUCCCAAGAGCCUGACACCCAAUCCAAACGAAAAGAUCCGAAAUCUCAGGUGGAGGCAAUCAAAAACGUCACGUCCUCGAAAGUAAUGAGGAUAAUAGAACCCGAAGAAAGCAUCAAUAACGAAACAUCAAGACACACUUCAACAGGUUUUUCACAAGUGGUAAAUCAACCAGUUGAGAGGGUUCCGGAGAAAAACCUCGAAAAUCUCGAGAUUUCCUCGACGAUAUUUCCCUCACCCAAUACACUAGAGAACACAACGGCUGUAAACGAACGAAAUUCCUCCCCAAGAGGUCGUACAAUAUCAUUCAACACGAGCAAUCAGUUCAGCAGUGAAGUGAAAGCGAUUGGCUCGACAAAGGAAAGCGCUGAGCUCGGCUCCACAAAGGACUCAAAACCGUACCCUUACUUAAAAAGUAGUCCAAGUAAUCCGAUGAAUACAAGUAAGCCGAUAGUUUCCGAGGAGAUAUCUCCACUGGAGAAUACCAUCGGAAAAAGUUCUGAUGACAAGAAGCUAGUAAUCACAGAGUCCUCUGUUGUUAUUGAUAACAGCAUCCAGCAGAUGAAACCAACAUACUACAAGAGAUCUGGAAAUUUUUCGAGAUUAAGUAGUACCGACGCCCCGUCGUCUCUCUCGACAUCUUCAGGGGCUCCAAGAGUUUCCGAAACCACUGGGGGAUCCAAUCAAACGGCCUCUGCUGUCUCAGAAAACACUGGAGACGCUCAGGAGAUCCUCGAGAAGAAAAAUACGUUAGAUGAGAAUGUGUUGACGAAUGUCAAUAAAAAUAGGACGCAGAUACAGGAGUCUGGAAGUACUGAAGCGAAUUUGGCACGGAAUACCACGGAGACGUCUGAGAAAAAAAUAGUCAUUGAGACUGUCACUCAGAUCUAUUCCCAAACAAGUGGAGAUGAAAUGCUGAUGACAUCACCUCUGAAUAUUACUGAGAACUCCACUAAGUCAUUCUCAAUAACCAGGAUAACAGUUCCCACGGAAUCUUCAUCAAUACCUCUCGAUUCCUCUACUAUUACCGAAACUUCUGGUACUACUGUGCCGGGGAUAGACGAAGUUGGCUCAACUACCCUAAUCCCCGAGACAGUUUCCUCAGGAACUUUGAGCACAGAGGGAUUACCAACUAAGACUGAAUCAACAAAUUUCGGUGGUCGUGGAAUUGACAUUGAGUCAACAACUUCGGGGGUUGAGUACGAGUUCAUUGGUCUCACUGAGGCGACAUCCGAGAGUUCUGUCGGUAGUUCUGAGGGAAGGGAAACUGAUGUAGAGUUUGUUUCGGGAGGAGUUUCCUCGACUGCUUCCGCGAUUGAUACGAGUUCGAUUAUCGAAUAUUCGACGGAGAGUGGAACUACUGGGUUUAGGGAGGAGGAGGCGGCGACGACAACUGAUGUCACGACAGAGAUCACCACAAUGAGAAAUGAAUGGUCGACAUCUAGCACUGAUAUUUCGAAGGAUGAUGGAAUCACUGCUAUCCUUGAGGAGACGACCUUCGUUGACAGGACAACCAAUGAAUCGAUGGAGACAACUGACACUCUGGAGCCAAUGGAUUCCACCACUCCCAGUACCACUGAAAAAGUGAAUAUUUCGGAUGCUGGGGAGUACUCAACUGGGCCAUCAACAUUUUCACCGGUUACUACUGAAACGGAGAUGUCGGAGGAUUCCACGACUGUCAUGAAUACUGAAGGGGGUGGAAGAGGGGUGACCGAGCCAUUUGCCCCUGAGGACGUCAAUCUUCCCGUGAGAAUUGUCGUCGAGGGCACUUGGAAUGAAGUGUGCCCCCACUUGCCUGCCCUCAGGCAGUCACUUGCAGAUUUGUUGACUGCUGGAAUAGAAAAAACAGCAGCCACUCAAAUUAUUUUCAAAAAGAAUCCCUGCACGGAGGGUGUGUCACAGUCAUCACAGGAAUUAGGUCUUGUAACUUUAUAUCUGUAUGUAGUCGAUCAGAAUGGAAACUUCGAUGCCUCAAUGACGAGAAUUCUCCCCAGUCUCUACAGCAGAACUUCCAUAAAAUCUCAGCUGUCUAUCCGCAGUUUUCAAUUGGUCCAAGAUACAGAUUCUGGAAACGCGAUAGCAGUGGUUGUGGUUUCCUGUGUGGCUUUCAUAUGCCUUGUCCUCUUGGCUGGCCUUCUGUUCAUAAUGCGGAAACGGCAAACGAGGUUCAACUAUGGAGAGAGAUGUCGACCAGUCUCGUUGGAUGCAUUCAGCCUCGACAGUGUCUCGGCGUACAACAGUGUCAGACGAAAAGGUGCUAACAGAGCAUCAAAGCGCAGUUAUGGAAAUCCAACUUUUGAGGAUUCGACUGCAGUUCCUUCACACCCCCUAAACUUCUCAGGUCUCUCGACCUUUUGCAACGAGCAGAGCGCGAUAUAUGAAGAAUAUUCAGGUAUUCCCCAAGUCUCAGCGAAGAUGGAUGAGCUGCCCCCCGGGGCAGAGGUAAAGAAUCGUUUCGCCAACGUAGUGCCUCUCCCCGAGACUCGAGUGCCCCUGGCGAAGAUCAACAAUGACCCGCUGUCUGAGUACAUAAACGCCAGUUACGUACGAGGGCCGAAAAAUGCAACCAAGUACUACAUCGCGUGUCAGGCGCCGAUGGAAUCCACUGUCACCGACUUCUGGAGGAUGAUCUGGGAGCAACAGUCCAAAGUCAUCAUUAUGCUGACUGAUCUCAUUGAGAAUGGGGUGGAGAAGUGUGCUGAGUACAUUCCACCCUCUGAAGUCACAGACUGUCACAGACUUUUCGGGGAUUACCAAGUCACCCUGAAGAAACGUGAGACCAAAGAAAAAUACGCCAUCUCCACACUUCAUCUCAAGAAUUUGGAAAAUAAUACAUACCGUGAAAUAUCCCACAUUUGGUAUCUCUGGCCAGCGAAUGGAGUGCAGACAGAUGCAGCUGGAUUAAUAGCAGUUCUGUUGGAGGCCCGUGCCCUCCAGAGGGGUGGCCCAGUGCCAAUCGUCGUCCACUGCAGUCCAGGGACAGGCCGGACAGGCACCCUGAUUGCUCUGGAUCUUGGUAUCAGACAGUACGAAAUAACGAGAACAGUCGACGUCCCCAGAGUCGUCUACACCAUCAGACGAGACAGGGCUGGAUCAGUUCAAACGAAGGAGCAAUAUGCAUUCAUAUAUAAGGCUUUAAACCUUUAUGCAACGAAACUCGCUGGCGGUGGCAUCGAGUCCACCUGAUAUUUGCUGAAAUUGGGGGCGAGGAGAGCCGAGAGUAUCAGCUAGGCUGCGAUCUAAGUCAAUAAUACGUAACCAAUUAAUUAAGCCGGUUUUGCUGAACUGCUGGAAAAGGGAACGAAAACGAUCGAGUGAACACUCAUAGAACAAGCCAAAUUGUUAGACGUACGAUUAACUAUCUGUGACAAUUUGAUAUUUUAAGAAUAGGUAUUGCAAUUAUAAGUGCAGCGGCGUGAGAAUGGGAAAUUAGUCCAAUAAUUUUUAUUUCAAUUUCCAGAGGAUUAAAAAAAAAUCUUUAAGACCCUGAGGUUACGGGGAAUAUCUGUGAAAAUAAUUAUCUUAUUGUCAUUAUUUUAAUAUAUAUAAAUUCAGGAAUUCUGUGACAUGUACUGAUAUUCUUUCGGAAUUUUGUGAAAUAUUCGGGGAAUAAUCUGCCCACCUGAUUUUUCUGGACUCAUUUCCCCUUGCGUGUCUCUUGACUACUGGAAAAUGAUUUAUAGGAGGUAUUAAGGAUAAUGAGAUUCAAAAGUACGAGAAAUCAUCGAUUUGAAAUAUCGAAACUGGACCGGAAAAAAUCUAAAGUGAGGAAAAAAGUGUUUUUACAGAAUUACGACUUGUUUUAUUAUAUCGUUGAUCUUGUUACUGUACAAAAUAUUAAUUUCGAUUGAAUAACGGCUCUCUAUUUAUGUACAUAAAACUGUUAUGUAUUGAUUUUAACCAUUAAUUGUGAAAUUAAAAAUGAUUUUGUUAAUUUUCCUGGUGAAAACACAAAUUGUGCAAUUAACGAUGCAGCAGUUUGAGAUGGGAGGUCUGAGAAGUAAUAUAAUACACUAUUUCGAUGUGAUCAAAUAUUUAAAAUAGAGGAACAAAUAAUAUAUUCCAUAUACUCAUUUUUUAGGAAACAUUGACUACCGUUCAGUGUUUAAUAUUUGAAGAUAUAUUGAUGUUAAAUCUCCACAAGUAUGAAAAUAAUUUCAUAAAUAUAAAUACCCUAGAUUGCCAAAAUGUCGAUGACAGAGACGAUUCUGCAGUUGAUUGACGAAACGUUGAAUUUUUUUUUUCAAUUCUCUAUCCAACUCAUAAUUUUUCGUUGAGUGAAUAGAAAAAAUUUGAAGUUUUGAAAAACGAAAUGUCUUCACAUUCACCAUUCUCCUCCAGAAUUGUAAUAAUUGAAUAAUGAGCGCAUGAUCCACAUGUUCAAUAAAUGUAUCUAUGUAUAUAUGUAUGUAAAUCCAAUGAAAAUUACUGAAAUACGCACAUGAGCGAUAAUUAAAAUUGAAUAAAUGUAUUAGAAUCAAAAGACAAAUAUUUAAAUGAGCGUUUCCUUUCUGGUUAGUUCCACCGCGGGUUCAUAGGGGUUCCAC